ACGAUAUUUUGCGUCCCAGAAUCUUUAAUCAAUUCAAUCGAACAGACACAGGAAGGCGAGUCGAACGGUAAAAGAGAAAUGAGAGGAACAGAAGUCCAUCAUCGACGCAGGAUCGUCUGGGCCGAGAUCGGGAUUUGGGGUGCACCGCCAUCCACCUUAGCCGUAAGUUGUAGCCGCAGAACUCGACUGGUACGAUUUACUUAUCUGACUGCUCAUGUUUUGCGAGUCAUGUCAACCCUCCUGGAUUAUCAGGCUACCCCUUUCCCCUCAGAUGCUCUCGAGGACGGUGUGGAGUUCAGCAAUUCCAGGUUGCUUCUCUCCUUUCUCCAGGAUAAGGAUGCGGUUCCAACCCCAGCUGAACCGUGGAAAGCAGGGACACGCCCCUGA